UUAAAAGUCCAGUCCUGUCAGGGGGAGAGAGGGCGCCAUCUUGUUUGUUUUAGUCGGAGGAGGGGUGGAAAAACAGCCACCACCACCACCACCCGCAGCAGCACCACCACGGCCGGCAAAACAAGAUAAGCACACAACGGCUAUCCGGUGAGCCUCCCCCUUUCCCCUUUCCCUUGUGGUGAGAAGGCACCGAAACAAUGUUUUAUGCCCACUUUGUUCUCAGCAAACGUGGGCCGCUGGCCAAAAUCUGGCUGGCGGCCCACUGGGACAAGAAGCUGACCAAGGCACAUGUAUUUGAAUGCAAUCUGGAGAGCAGCGUGGAGAGCAUCAUCUCACCCAAGGUGAAAAUGGCUUUACGGACAUCAGGGCAUCUGCUGCUGGGGGUGGUAAGGAUCUACCACAGGAAGGCCAAGUACCUGCUGGCAGACUGUAACGAGGCCUUCAUCAAAAUCAAGAUGGCGUUUAGACCAGGUGUGGUGGAUCUUCCAGAGGAGAACAGAGAAGCAGCCUACAACGCUAUCACGCUUCCUGAGGAGUUCCAUGAUUUUGACCAGCCACUACCAGACCUAGAUGAUAUUGACGUUGCUCAGCAGUUCAACUUGAACCAGAGCAGAGUGGAGGAGAUCACCAUGCGAGAGGAGGUGGGCAACCUCAACCUGCUGCAGGACAAUGACUUCGCUGACUUUGGUAUGGACGACCGGGAGAUGAUGCGGGAGGAGAGUGCGUUCGAGGUGGACAUCAUGGGAGUGUCAGCUUCCAACCUGCUGCUGGAGGCUGAGGGUGGAGCUAACGCGAUGGCUGACAAAUCCAACCAUCUAGAGUACGAUGACCAGUACAAGGAUGACUUCGGAGACAACCCCAUGGAGAACAACGAGGGAGGCAUGCUGGUGGACAAGCUGCUGAGUAACGAGGAUGGAGGCGGCAUCUUUGACGACCCCCCAGCCAUCGCAGAGAGUGUGAUGAUGCCUCAGGACCAUGGAGAUGAUGACGACGACUUUGAUGCUCUCUCAGCGGGCGCCCCAGAUAGUCCAGACUCAGGCCCAACAGAGCCCCUACCAGCCAUGGCAGACCAGACAGAACAGACCACCCUGGUUCACAACGAGGAAGAAACCUUUGCCCUGGAGCCGAUUGACAUCACAGUGAAGGAGACCAAGGCGAAGCGUAAGAGGAAGCUGAUUGUGGACAGCGUGAAGGAGUUGGACAGUAAAACCAUCCGUGCACAGCUGUCUGAUUACUCUGACAUUGUCACCACCCUGGACCUGGCACCGCCCACCAAGAAGCUGAUGAUGUGGAAGGAGACGGGAGGAGUCGAGAAGCUUUUCUCUCUCCCUGCUCAGCCUCUCUGGAAUGCUAGGCUGCUGAAGAUGUUUACAAGGUGUCUGACACCACUGGUACCAGACGAGCUGAGGAAGAGGAGGAAAGGUGGAGAGGCUGACAGUCUGGAUGAGUUCCUCAAGGAUCUGGAGAACCCUGAGGUGCCCAGAGAGGAAACAGCAGGACACCAGCAGAGAGACAUCAUGGACCAGACCAUCAUGGAAGAGGCCAGUGUUCUGCAGACUUCAGUUGUAGAAGGCAGCAGGACGACGUUGGACGAGUCAGCCAUGCCACCUCCGUCCUCCCAACCUAGCCUCAAACGCAAAGCCCAGGACACAGAACCAGCCCUGCCUAUGGGAGCUUUGGACCAGCAACAACAGCCGCAGGGGUCCGGAGCCUCUGAUGUGUCCCAGCAGCUGGAGACAGCCAAUGUGGAUCUGCCCCCAGAGGAACCCACUAACAUCAGCCAGAUGAUAGAGUUGGACCUGCUUGGUGACAAGGACAAGAAGAAGAACGAUGGUGACUCUGAUGAAGAGGAGGAGGAGGGGCAGGGAGGAGACCAGGACCAGGAGGAGAGGAGGUGGAACAAAAGAACCCAGCAGAUGCUCCACGGCCUCCAGAGGGUGAUGGCCAAAACAGGCACCCAGUCGGUCGGCCUGCUGGAUCUGUGCAGGAACAACAACAAGAAGCAGGCGGCUGCUAAGUUCUACAGUUUCCUGGUUCUGAAGAAGCAGCAGGCGGUGGAGCUCGUCCAGGAAGAGCCUUACAGCGACAUCAUAGCUACGCCCGGACCUCGCUUCCACAUCAUCUAGAAAACACAACUCUACAUUGGGAAAAGGAACCCUGCACACAACACUGUGUGUCUGUCACGUUUUAUUUAUUUAUUUGAGUUUGUUGACUUUGUUUUGUGUAUGAUAUGGAGUUUUAUCUUCUGUCUGCAAUAUUUUAUUAUUAAGCUACGGUGGAAGGAAUGAGGUCUAAAUAACAUGGUUGGAUUAUUAAGAGGUUUCUUCCAACUCCAAACAAUGGGCACUUUCCUUAUUUGUUAUUUAUUAUUAUUUAUUGUAUCUUUUUAUUAUUAAGACUCACUUUAUAGCCAAGUUAGUAUUAAGAAGGUAAGAUGAAGUGAGCACAGUGUAUUCCCUUUUUUUCUGGAGUUGCUUUCAACUCAAUCUCAUUGUUUUUUUUCAAGCAGAUGUCACCAGCUUUGACAAGCACUUCUUCCCUCUACAACCUGUUGUGUUGCACUGGCAUGGCACCUAAGUUAAAAUGAGUCUAUUUUAAGAUUUGUUUACAGUAGGAGUGAUAACUCAAUCAAUCAUGUUACUUGGAGAUUAAUCUGUCCCACCACUGCAGGAAAGAAGUUCUCAUGUAUACAGACAUUGGCCAAAAGAAGCAUG